ACAGUGAGGCUCUUCUCCUACGAUAAUCGUUCUCAUAAGCUGGACAGAGCAAAGUCAUCGUUCAUAAAAGGCAGCUCGAAUAUCUUCCACCGCAGACGCAGCCACCUCCUCCGUCGCCUCUGGUUCUUUCCUCUUCCCUCUUCAAACCCUAAUUUUUGUUCCUUUUUUUAUCUGAUCGGAGAAUCUCGCCCCAUUCAAUCGAUCACUGGGUAUCAUUUAACUUGCCAAUCUGGAAAACGGUUUUUAGAUCAAAUCAAUCAUGUUGGGUGUCCUAAGGCGGAGAGUCGCUCAUGGAGGCUCGCCUUCUUUGAUUUUGGGGCAGUCAUUGCAGACGAUUCGUCCUGCGGUGCCUAAUUCUAGGGUCAUCUCGGCGGCAGGGAACGAGUUCUUGCUUCAUCAAAGAUGGUUAGGGACUGUCCAAAACUUCUGUCAUCACAUUUUACCAGGCUGCCCAGUUAGUUCAAGGCUGAUGAGGGAAGGUGUUGCAAGCCUUCAAUCUGGGGUUAACAUGCGAACAUGGAGCAGGCGAUUUUCUUCAGACAAUGGUGAUUUGGUUAAUGCUGUUGUCCCUUUUAUGGGUGAAUCGAUUACUGAUGGCACUUUGGCAACAUUCUUGAAGAAACCGGGUGAUAGUGUACGGGCUGAUGAGCCAAUUGCUCAAGUUGAGACAGAUAAGGUGACAAUUGAUGUUCCAAGUCCUGAAGCAGGUGUUAUUCAGAAGUUUGUAGCCCAGGAAGGGGAAACUGUUGAACCGGGUACAAAGAUUGCUGUCAUUUUGAAGUCCGGAGAAGGUGUAGCCCAUGUGGCUCCAUCUGAGCCAACAUCAGAUAAAAUUGCUCCUCCUGAGAAAACUAUUGAGGAGAAGAAGCAAACGGCUAAGGCUGCAACUGCUCCUGUUAUUGAGAAACCUAAAGCAGCAGCUCAACCUCCUCCUAAACGCUCUGCUACAGAGCCCCAGCUUCCCCCUAAGGAAAGAGAAAGACGUGUUCCUAUGACAAGACUUAGGAAACGGGUAGCAACUCGUUUGAAAGAUUCUCAAAACACUUUUGCAAUGCUGACAACCUUCAAUGAGGUUGAUAUGACGAAUUUGCUGAAGCUUCGUUCUGAUUACAAGGACGCUUUUUUUGAAAAGCACGGGGUGAAGUUGGGAUUUAUGUCAGGGUUUGUGAAAGCUGCUGUUAGUGGUCUCCAGAAUCAGCCUAUCAUCAAUGCGGUCAUUGAUGGGGAUGAUAUAAUAUAUAGAGAUUAUAUAGAUAUCAGUAUAGCUGUUGGUACUCCAAAGGGCCUUGUUGUUCCAGUUAUCCGCAAUGCCGACAGUAUGAAUUUUGCUGAUAUAGAGAAGGAGAUUAGUACACUUGCAAAGAAGGCGAAUGAUGGAUCCAUAUCAAUCGACGAUAUGGCUGGAGGCUCAUUCACAAUAUCAAAUGGUGGAGUUUAUGGAAGCCUUUUGAGUACCCCCAUCAUCAACCCACCUCAGUCUGCAAUCCUGGGUAUGCACUCUACCGUGACCCGUCCAAUGGUGGUUGAUGGCAGUGUAGUUCCAAGACCGAUGAUGUACAUUGCCCUAACAUACGACCAUAGGCUGAUUGAUGGGAGAGAAGCAGUUUUCUUCUUGCGCCGUAUCAAAGAUGUUGUGGAGGACCCUCGCAGGCUGCUCCUUGAUAUAUGAAGACACUAGAGUCGCAGCAAUAACUGUUGUUGAUUUCAUGAUAUUCCAGCAUAUUUUGAGCUGGAUAAACUCUGAACCCUCCAAACCGAAAAAUAAAUCUCUUGGAACAAAGUUUUGUAGGUUUCUUAAGUUGGGGCCUGCCAUGAUUGGAUUUGAAAUGAGCGAAUACAUAUUACGAAAUUUUGUCUCAUCUGGCAAUUUCUAUUUGUUUGUCCAUUACAUCCUCGAUUUCAUUGCAAGGGACUUUGCGUUUAGUAUUCAAAUUGUGUAAGAUAGGAAAAUUUUAUUUGUAUGGUGAUGUUUCCUCCAUUAAUACCUUGAUGCGAUAUAUAAUUUGGGUUUGUUCA